AUGUGUGGGCUUGGAGAGUCAUCGGGGCAUGCACUUUCGAACUGUCAGUUUGCGGAGGAAGUUUGGAGCUGUACAAAAAUUAAACUUCCUUGUUUUCGAGACCCCCCAGGUGAGUUUAUUGAUAUUGUUUGGGCGAUCAACGAUAACUAUGGUGAGGUGAAUUGGGAAUUAUUUGCUAUCACUGCCUGGAGUCUUUGGAAUAAUAGGAACAAUGUGAGACACGGGGGACAGUGUAAAAGCCAUGAAGUGAUUGCCAGGGAGGCCGUAGAGUACUGGAAAGAAGUGCAGACUACAAGCCCGACCCAAGAAAAAACCCCUGCACCUGAUGAACACCCUUGGGCUCCCCCUAAACAGGGGUGGUAUAAGGUUAACACAGACGGAGCAAUCUUUGAGGACAUAAAGUGUUGUGGUAUAGGGGUGGUCAUUAGAAAUGAGAGGGGUCAAUUAAUGGAGGCUAUGAGCAAGAAUGUGGAACUGCCUUUGGGUGUGCUGGAAAUCGAAGCCAAAGCUGUAGAGGAAGGAGUCUUGCUAGCAUGGUAUCUUGGGCUUAAAGAGAUAAUUAUAGAAACUGAUGCUCAACAGGUGGCUUUUUCUCUGAGGAGCCAUUGUGUGUCACCGAGUUCUAUUAGGAAAAUUAUUGAAGGAAUCAUGCUGGGUCUGAGAUGCUUCAAAGCAUGGGAGGUGUCCCAUACCCGUAGGAGUGGCAAUUGUGCUGCUCACAUCAUGGCUAGACAAGCCAAGUUUUUGAAUGAGUGUAAUAUCUGGGUAGAGGAGACUCCGCCUAUGAUAGCUGACCAAAUUCAAUCUGAUGUAUCUCACUGUAUUUUGAACUCAAAUUAA